UCACCAAGUCGGCCAUGCAGUCGGCAGAGUCACAGCUGCGUGAAUAUAAGCCAAGACACUAACAACCAAAACUCUCAGGUAUGAAUGAUGUUCCUUAAAAACUGGCGUCCUCAGAAUAACAGUUGCUACAAAGGUUUUCACUUACCAAGAUUGUGAUUCUACCUUAGCUUGUAUUAAUUGCAUACAAAUCGGAGGAAUAUAAAGAUCAAAACAUGGCUCAAGUGCUUGCCUACGGGAGGAAAAAAACAAAAAAAAAUUCCAAGACCGUCAUUCAAAAGAGUGGUUAAAGUCGCUUAAAUGGGAGGAAGUCGUUUAUGAAAUGUUACAACAGUAAUGAUUUGAGUGGAAAAAGUUUUGGCGUUUUUACUAAGAGGUUGCUUAAAAGUGGUGGUUUCUUCUUGCAGCACAUCUUGGUUGGAUCUGCAUUACGGCGGCCGCAUGCAACAGAGUAUUCUCCUUUAGACUACCAGAGCAUGCCAGAUGUUGGCAAAAUUCCACGUCAACCCUACAGAUCACAGUCCUCAUGUACAGUCUACACUUAUGCAGAUCGUCCAGUCUCUGCAAGAGAACAGUCAUCACACUUGGGAAGACACACCAAGUCAAGGUAAUGUUGAGAAAUUGCUACCCAGUUUAUAGCUCAGUUGAGAGGUCUGCCGAGUAGGAAGACAUAGAUUCAAACCCCUCCCAGACCAACAAAAACUUGUAAGAUCAUAGUGGCUGUGAUUGAAGAUCUUGUCCCAGUUUAGAUGAUCGUGUCAUUGGGUGGUGAUGUUAAUUUGUUGGCCUUAAUCGUCUUGUGUUCUCAAUUUUAUAUUGAAAGGGGCAAAAAAGAACCCACACUGCUGUUUGAAAAGAGUAGGGGAUGUAGACCCUGGGGUGUGGUCUAUCUCUCAUGGAGGGAGGGGUCUGUUAUAGGCACGCAGUAACUGGCAUCAUGUGCUGUUGAAGUAACCCUGCCAUAAUUGGCCAACCCGAGUAAAUAAAUAAAAAAAAUACAUCAUAUGACUGUAUAGUUCCCAGUAAAAGAUGUUUCUGCUGGUAGUUUUUGUCAAAUAUCUAAAUGAAGUUAAAGUUUUCUGUUAAUCAUUAACUGUGUAAGUUUAAACUGUCAUCUUCAGCAGGCAAUUUUCUAGUGCACUGAUGCCCAUACACUAUGCAUGCUACAGGCCUCAGUGCAUGGAAAAUAUUAGGAAAUUGUGUAAAUUUUCUAGAAGGCAGCACUGUAUACAGUAUGUGUCAGAAAAAGUCACCCCAUUAAUUUUAUCAGAAGCCUUCAGUAAUGCUUUUAAAGUGUAUAGUUUGUUCAUUGUAUAGUUUCACAAAACUAACAUGAAAUGUAGGUCCAUUGAAUUUGGAGAUUUCAUUCAAGACUACAUAAUAUAGACUGUGCUCACCCCAAACCUACUGUGUUCCUGAAUUCCCCCCCCUGCUUCCCCUCUCUUUUAAACAGUGAAACUUCGGAAUAUAUGCAGACUGACAUAAACUAUACCUGCUAACUCUCACGCCUUAGGCGUGAGUCUCAUGCCUGCGGGUUGAAAUCUUUGAUCUCAUGCUGGCUCAGGCCUGCGGGCCAGUUUCUCACGCCUGAUUGAAAAAUGUGACUUGUUGCCGUCUUGCUUGACACAAUUUCCAAAAAUAUGUUAACUCAGACCCAUGUAAGGAACGAAAACCAUGUGUAAAUGAAUAAAUAACAAUACCUUCCUCGCGAUCUCUGAUUUUGUGGAUAAGCGUUUUCUUGAUAACUUCGCCUUCAGCAGACUUCGGACGUCUUCGGAAGACUUCGGACUUCUUCAGAAGACUUCGGACUUCUUCGGGAAUCUUCGGAAAUGAUCGUGUUGUCUGCAAAAAUCCCAGAACUCCCAGGAUAAAAAUCUCACGCUUAUAUCUCAGAAAAAGUUGGCAGGUAUAAUAAACUUCAGAUACAGGUGUAGGUUACAGAUUUUUCAAAACUCUCAAUGGUGUAGUCCCACUUCGCAGACAAUACGGUUUUGUCACAUGACGAUUGUGUGACAAGCCAAAAGAAGAAUGUCUGUAUGGGAGACUGUUGAUGGUGUUACAUUGAAAAAUUUCUCUUUUGUCUAGCUUGUUAAGAUGCAAGUCAGCAUCAUCUGCCUCAUUGUACUCAGCUUCAUCAACAUCAACUGUGAACUCAGCUUCAUCACUUAAAUCUUCAUCCAGCAAGAAGCGUCUUUGUGAAGUCCGUAAGUUAACUAGUUGAUAACUUUUACGGAUAAAAAUAAUUAUUACUUCAGUUAAAUGCUAUAACCAGUGGCAGAUCCAGACCUCCAGAUAAGAGGGGGGGGCGGUCAUCCAAACUCUGAGAUAAGGGGGGGGGCGGGUCUUAAACAAAUUUUUUUGGGCCCUUCAGGCCUCACUUUGAUGCAAAAAUAGAGGGGGGGGCAGGCCCCCUAGGAGGCCCCUCCCCUGGAUCCACCACUGUUAACCAUGAUUAUACUGUAUAAGAUAGAGCUGAGAAUAUUAAUAUAAUGAUAACUUAAACCUAGUAAUACCUUACCUAAAAAUGUAAAAAUGAUCAUAAGGCUUUUGACUCCUUUUUUGAUUUGCAUAUAUUAUCAAAAUUUCCCCAGGAUGUAACAAAGACUUCUCUCUCAAUCUCACCUGAUCACCCAAUUAUUACCUUGAAAUAUAUGGCCCUUAAAACAAGAGAAGGAUCCUCCCUUAGCCUGAAGGCCUCUGGCUCCCACGGAUAAUAUCUAUACCCACAAACGUUGGACUCUUUUAGGCUAUGGUAAAGUGGGCAAAAAAAGCUUACCACAAUGUUUUUGAGUUGAAAGCGAUACUUCCCGUUUUACCACUAUCAAAUCUUGCCUGUCUUGGUUGUUCCACUUGCAUGACUACCAUAUCUUCAUUGGAUAAAAUACAUGUAAGGUGGCCCAGCUAGCCUGCGAAAACAGCAUGCAGCUGCUCCUUGACGCUUGGGACAUUUCACAGCGAGCAGAGACAGCUGUUUUCACAGGCUAGCAGUCACCAUAAACCACUACUCUCCUUUCUGCAACAUUUUUUCACGUUUUUGUUCACAUUUUCGUCGCCCAUUUUACCAUAGCUUUUAACGGCACAUUUACUUACUCACAAAACUGUUAGCUAAUCGUGCAAAAUUAUAUUGAAUUUUUCUCCAGGUGAUGAUUAUAGAUUUUUCAAAAGUGGUCCAGUACCCAAACAGUAAGUACCUAAAACCAUUAUCACUUUCCAUAUUUAUGCGUUAUUGACCGAGCAGGAGGUCUGUAAAAACAAAAAAUAAGAACUAGGCCAAUAUGACACCAUCUUGACUAAACAAGCUUGGGCAGCAAAGUAUUUAUUGUAAUUCGGCUAGAGACUUUUAAUACGGUGGAAGGUCUCGUGAGUGGAAACCCUCGGGACGCGGCAAAGGUGCGUGUAACUGGAGCUGGUCGCUUAUGGGAAUGUAAUAUAAUACAAUGUCAUACAGUUUGUAUGGAAGUUGAGAAAAAUGGCAUUUUGUGAAGGCCACUGUAAGUAGAGCUGUCUGCUUAUGAGAAUGUCAGUUAGGAGAGCUUCCGCUGCACACAGACACCCCAAUAAUGUGGACAGCUACUAAAUCCCUGGCAGAACUUACAGACCUUUUACUGUAACAAAAUCCUGCUCUUGUAGACUGCUGACAAUUUUUAGUUCCCAACAGCAGAAUGACACUGCACUGACUUUGCUCUGUGUCUUGUUGUCGGACACUGGGCGGUGGGGGACUGUUGUGAACCUUCCCAGCGCACAACUGUCCCAUGGUAGUGGGAUUAGUCCUCCCCGGGUUAACCACAUGUGCUUUAAUGUAACCCAGGCGGGGGCGCGGCGGCACUCCCCUAUAAAAGUGAUGGGGUGCUCAUUGCACCUUUUAGGGUUUAAAUUUGUGGAUUGGUACUGCUUAGGGUGCUAAAACCUAAAAUGACUGCUGCCGGGGUUGAUAUGCUUUAUUAGGAUAAAGAUUUAUGACAGUACUUUCAAAAGGGCCUUGAGGAGAAAGUUUUUUGGAAAUCAAAGUUAUCUUUAUUACUAUUAAAAUUUACGGUGCCAGUUAUAUAAUUCUAAUAAUAAGGGUAUAAUAUGGGUAAUGUAAGUCACAUCUGAUUGGCUUUUUCUUGGGGUCCACUAACACUCGAUUUCAAAACAUUCUUAACAAGGUGGUGUUACACGAGAAGAUUGCAACGACGAUUUUUAGAGUAACAAUGAUUGAACCGUGUUGUAACAAUUCGAAACAAUGUCGCAACAAUGCUGCAAACGCUCUGUUGCGCUCAAAAUCGUUUGUUGCAAAUCGUCCCAUGUGACAUCGCCUUAAAGCUGCCAAAAGCUGUUGAUGCCUUUAGCAUAUUGAAAAUAACAUGCAGCAGUUUUGAAUCGUCCAUUUGUAUUUUUUUGUUGCAGGGUACCACCUCACGGUGAAUCCUUGCAUGGCUUUCUUACUGGGGCACGAUAUAACAGGUAUGUAAACGUUUACACUCAAGUUAACACCACAAGCAACGGACCCUUUCCUGUUGAGAACAGUUCUUUUGGUCCCAAAGAUACCAGACUUCAUACAGUCCCUAUCUCUAUGAGUCGAUGGCCCUGUAAUCCCUGUCUCUGUAGCAUUUUUUGUUUUUAUUAAACACAUUCUAUAGACGAAUUUUACGCUAAGAGUAACAGAAAACUCAUCGAGAGGGCUCACUUCAGACAUUAUUUUAGCUGAGGCUGUUAUUUUAUCCAUACGGUGCCUAACGUUAUCCCUAUCUCUAUAACAUAGUCACCUUUGUAUAGCCGAUGCUUAGCUCUGUUCUCUCUGUGUAUUAUAAAGUUACUUGUGAGAAUUUUAAAUUUUCAAAAUGCGCGCACAAGAACAAGGAAGAGUGCUCGCGAGUCGAGUCCACCUGGCGAUAAGGUGCCAAAAAUGUGGAUAAAAGGCAUCUCCUCCAGGGGUUUCAAUAACAUUAGUUAUAAGAGGCCACUGAAGGUUUAAUAGGCGGCUGUGACCACUGAAGGGGCCGUAAGGCCCCUUUCCCCUAGGGGCGUCUGCGGGCAUGCUCCCCCAGAAAAAUUUGAAAUCUAGAAGCUCGGAAAUACGAUUUCCAGCGUUCUGGGCAUCAAAAAGCGUGUUGUUGAAGCGUAUUUUUAUUGACCACAAAGCAGGAUUUUUUUUAAAAAAACUAUUAAAUCACUUUUUAUCAUUUUUUCAUUUUAAAUCACUUUUUUAUUUUCAUUAAUGAAAUCCAAACGGACGGCGGUAAGAGGUCCUACAGGCGGCGGUAGACCGCUGAUAACCGGCUUUUAUUGAAACCCCUGAUCUCCUCGCGUCAUCUUUGAACUUGUCCCGGGAGACCGUCAAUUGGAUUACCAAAUCCAAUUGUUGAUUUUCCAAUAGAACACGAAAUUCAGACACGGAUUCCGCUAAUUUAAAAUCAAUCUUUGAUAGGUCAUAGGGCCAUUUGGAUAAGUUUUAAUCCCAUUUUAUGAAUACUGUUUUGAUUUUCUCUCUUUUGUUUUCCUUUAGGGCCAGGUAUUUGGAUUCACGCGCACUCUCCAAAUUAGGAGUGUACAUUCCCAAGCCUGAUCUCAACUCGUUUUUUAUCAGCGAUGAAUUUGAUGGUAAGAGAGAGAUGAAUAGAAUAUUCUACUUCUAAUAACACUCGACCACCGCUUUCAAAUGAGUCAACUGAAGCUGAGUUUUGGUGGAGAACGUAUUUUAACCGCCGUCCGGUUAACUCAGUUGAACGAGCGCCGGUGUAGCAAAGGCGGGGAGGGAGUGUGUGUGUGUGUGUGUUGUGUGGGGGGUAGUAGAUUAUGCUGGCUGUGAUGAUGAUCGCGUCAUUCAAUGGUGACGUUAAACCGUUGGUCUAGUCUCCUUCAUCCUUCCUUAAUAAUUGGAAGGGACCGUAAAAAACGCGCAUUACCUUUCGAAAAACGUAGCGGAGGUAGAACCCUGGGGUGUGGUCAAUCUCUCAUGGGGGGAAGGGACUGUUGCGGGCCUGCAAUAACCGACUUCACUCUGUUGCUGUUAACCUGCCAAAUUGGCGAAUUUAGUAAAUCUAAAUCUAAUCUCGCUCUUUUACCAGCGUACAAAUUAGACAGCUUUAGAUUCUAAAACGAGGACGACAGCGAGAACGAGAUUUUCUCAAUACUAAGUAGUGCGCGCGCGUGAACCAGCGUCAUUGUGUCGGGAAAAUGUGGUAGCCGUCGCCAUUCUGCUACGAGUUUUGGCGAGAAUCUCGUAGUGGCGAAAACAAGUUAUCAAAUGUUAGAAAUUUUAUCAUUUAGCGAUCGGGAGAGGGCUUUACCUCCAUCAACGGAAAUAAGCGAACUAACUUUUGCGGUGAAAAAUAGUACAUGACGCUUUCCGGGGUGUCUAUUUUUAGAUAAUAAGCGAGAAAACUUAAAAUUAAAUUUCGUCCUCGUAGCCGCCCUUGUUAUUGAAUCCAAAGCUCUCUAUUAUCCACACUGUCUAGCCAGUGAGCAAGCUCUCUAAGACGGGCAACACACUGUCAGACACCCUGCCGCCUGAGCCUGUCUUUCGCUUACUCGAUUUUGUCGUACUCGAAAGAGAGUCUGCAUACAGUGUCGAACCCAGGCCUAAUAGCCGUGCACUUGAUGGAACAGUUGGGCUCCAUUACCAGCCGCUGUUCGGGAAAUGAGCCCGCGCUCCCUCUCCUAAAGACUGGAUUCUAGAGAGCAGCGGAAAUAGCACCGGUCUGUCGAGCAGAAGGUUGUGGGUUCAAACCACGGCCGGACUAACCACCAGGGUCUUAAAAAAGCUGGUAAGACCAUGCUGGUUGUGAUUUGAGACAUUAUCUCAGUUCAGAGGAUCGCGUCAUUGGGCGGUGACGUUAAGCUGUUGGCCUUGUUUCCUUCAUCCUUCUGUCAUUGGUCAAAUCUAAAAGGACGUAAAAGAACCCACACUACUGUUCGAAAAGCGGAAGGGAAGUUUUGGAUCUUGAUUCAGGUUUCUGAGAAACUGCCUACGUACCCCUCCCCUAAGCCAACAUUUUGCCCUAAGUGACAAGUAAGUGAUAAUGCUGGCUAAGGGGAGGGGUAGGUGGGUAGUUUUCCAGAAACCUAAAUUGACCACUCCAGAAAAUACCAUAACAUACCAUAAUGCUCUUUGUUUGUCACCCCAAAAUUUGCAUAAGCAUUGUCUUCAAUUUCUCUUGGGAGUUAAAAUGGCCCCAAGAGAAACUGAAAACAAUGCUUAGGCAAACUUUUGGGGUGACCAACAAAGAGCAUUAUGGUAUGUUAUGGUAUUUUCUGGAGUGGUCAAUUGACCUGACGUUUUCACGGUGGCAUGGUCUACCUUUCACACAUCACGCACCAUUCAUAUCAUGGGCUUUGGGUGGGUUACAGUAAGCUCAUAAAUGGACUGAUAGUGGCUGUCAAUGGCGCCCUUGUUUGCUGACGUCCGAGCUUACUGUUGACAUGUUAAUGUAAAGAGGGCGCGUCUUGCUGUUCUCUAAUCCACGACGUCACACAUCACACAGAGGGCUGAGUUGUGACGAGCGGUUUAACAAUAAUCAGAUGCUCGCACUUGAAAAACGAGUGUGACGAGAAAAAAACAAGAAUAUAUUGAAUAUUAUUGCCAAGCAAGAAUAUAUUGAGGAGAAGUUAAAUGCGGAUCAAAACUCAGUAUUCGCUUACCACGAAAGCUCCUUCUCUUCAUAAUGGUGGUGAAUUCUCUCAGCGUGUGACAGUUAAGUCUGUAAUUUUUCAGAUUCAGAUGCGCGAAGCAUUUUUUCCGAUUGCUUAGAAGAAGAAUUACUUGGGCUGAAAGAUAAAGACGAAGAUGAUAACGACGAUGAGGAGAGAACAUUCUGUUCACGAGCCUCAAACACCGAACCUCAUUACCUCAGCCUUAAACACUGGCAUUCUGCUGAGUGGAAAACAGACAGAAAACCGUCCAGAGAACUGAGGGUACAAUCAGCCCCGUUGAAAGUCAAAGCUAUUAAGGCGUAUUAUCAUGACUACAGCAAAAAGUAG